AUGUCAGUUAUUAUUAUCAUUAACUCUAUGAUAAAUAUUCUAGUUUGUUACUCAAAUAUAUGCUUCAAUUUGAUCCUUUUAUUAGCAAUUUUUUGCCUCAAAAAAAUCACUUUUAAAUCAGAAUUAUCCCUUUUUUAUACAAGAUUUGUUGUAGAUAUUGGAUACAGUUUUUCAAUUAGUAUAUUCAAAAUGUAUAUAUUGGCGAUUAUAGCCUCAAACAUAUUUGCCGUCAAAAAUUUUAUAUUUUUCUCAAUGUGGUCUAAUAUUAUGUUUGGAACUAUUCGUACAAGUCUCUUAUUUUUAACUUCUUUGGAUUUUUCCAUUUACAUUUUUAUUUUUUUCCUGAUAUUAUUUGAUCAAUUUAUCAUGUUUGGAUACUGUGAGAAUACUAUUGAUACUCCCAUUGAUUGCGACAAUUUUCUUUGCUCUUUUAAUGAGUGCUACAUUAUGUAUUGGGUGAAAAAUGAACAAAUUGUGUUCAGUAUGAUUGUAGCUUUGACUAUAUUGCUAUCAGUGAAGCUUGUAGUUUACACUGUCCUCGCACAAAAUCAAUCGGCUCAAGUUUAUUCAAGAGCUACCCAAAUAGCUAUGUUCGACUCGACGACUCUUAUUUUAUUUAAUCUUAUACCUGUUCUGUCUACUUUUUGGUUUGAAUCUGUUGAUUAUCAAACAUUUUCGUCAAUCACUACUCUCACCAGAAAUCUUGGAUUUUUAAUCAAUACAUUGAUCAUUUUUCGAAUUUUCAUGAGAGAUGUAAAUAUUGUAGCGCCACCAUUAACAUAUCCCAAUUUGUAA